CGCCGCCGAAGUGCUUCGUGCUCACACGCUCCCGCCGCCCGUCGCCGCAUUGGCUUCUGCCGGCUGGGCUGGCUGGGUUGGCAGAGCCGCACAACACUCGAUCAAGAAGGACUCGGCCGCCGGUCAAAUACGGCGAUCUUGGCCACUUUCCUUGGCCACUUUGCGCCGCGGAUCGUUUCCAUCCCACUUCCCAUCCACACGCAACUCCCAAUCCUCUCGGCGCCCGGACGGUCUUCCCCAUCCUCGCCGAACCCGACAAGACCGCCAAGACGAUGAAGUGCCGCAGCGUCCAAAAGCUUGGCCUCUUGGCCUCCCUCGGCGUCGGCGCCGCGGUUGCCACGCCCGACGGUGUGGUGCAGCUGGCGAUCCAGCGCCGCAACGUCGCCGACAGCCGGCCUAUCCUCCCGCGCGCGAGCAGCAGCCCCGUCCUCGAGCAGCUCCAGAACGACCGGAGCGAGGGCGCGUACAUGGCCGAAGUCAAGGUCGGCACCCCGCCACAGACUCUGACACUGCAGCUCGACACCGGCAGCAGUGACACGUGGGUGGUAUCCUCUGGCGCCGAGAUCUGCGAGCAGGGCCAGUGCGACCACGGGAGCUUCGACCGCUCCCAGUCGAAUUCCUACACGGUCCUCGCCAAAGACGCCUUCUCGACCCAAUACGCCGACAAGACCUCGGCCCAAGGCGACUACUUCAACGAUGUCUUCAGCAUCGGCAGCGUCACGCUCCAGAACCUGACCAUGGGCAUCGGGCUCGAAACCGACAUCCCCUUCGGCCUCGUGGGCGUGGGGUACCCGUCCAACGAGGCGGGCGUUGCCGAGGGCACGAUCGACGCGUAUCCCAAUCUGCCCCUGCAGCUGGUGAAAGAGGGCUUCACCAAUACUGUGGCCUUCAGCAUGUGGCUGAACGACCUGGACGCUAGCGCAGGCAACAUCCUCUUUGGCGGCAUCGACACGGCCAAGUUCGAGGGCCCGCUCACCCGCGUCAAGCUCUACCCAACACACAGGCAGUCCGCCGUCGACGAGUUCGCCGUCGCGCUGACUUCGGUGACCGCCGUCAGCAAGUCCGGCUCAGACAAGCUGGGCUCGGCCUCGUUCCCGGCGCCCGUGAUUCUCGACUCCGGCACGACCGUCUCGUUCCUGCCGGAGGACCUAGUCGCCGAGAUAUAUAGGGAGGCCAACGUGAUCACCGACGACUCCGGCACGGGCGCGGUGCCCUGCAGCUACGCCAACGCGCAGGGGUACUUCUCGUUCGGCUUCGGCGGACCCGGCGGCGCCGUCGUCAACGUCAGCAUGUCCGAGCUCGUGCUCGGCGUCGCCGGCACCAUCACCGGCGGGUCCCACAAGGGCCAGGAUGCCUGCACCUUCGGCAUCCAGGCCGUCUCCAGCAACGACACGUUUAUUCUCGGCGACACCUUCCUGCGCUCCGCCUUCGUCGUCUACGACCUCGUCAACAACGAGGCCGCCCUCGCCCAGACCAAGUUCAACGUGUCCGACUCCAACGUUAUUGCCUUCGCCAGCCUCAGCGCCACCGUGCCGAGCUCCACCCCCGCGCCCAGCCAGGACGCCAUCUCGCAGGGCGUCGUGACGGCUACGCCCGCGAGCUACGCCGCCGCCGCCGCCUUCACGGCGUCGAGCGGCGCGGCGGGGCCGCUGGGCCCGGGAGGCGGCGUUGCUGGCGUGGCGCUGGCCACGCUGGUGUCGUUUGGCGUUGGCGUCUUCAGCUUUUUCGUGCUCUAGAGAUAGAGAGGUUUGCAGCGGCAGCAGCGAGGUUUGCGGUGCAUUUCUAUGACUAGCGACAUUUGGGAGUCUAGUGGGCGAUUUCUUUUUCUUACAAGCUUUCUAAAUGCUAUACCCCUAAUUAGAUGUCGGA